AGCGAGCGACACCUCUCAAAUUCAACCUUCUUUUACCUUCUUUGAGCACUUUUCUCAUUCUGAGGGGACAAGCGGAGGGUCUGCGCAAGCACAUGAGACAAUAAAGGAUAGUGCGCAAGUUUAGUGACUUCAAAUCUUUGGGCUUCAAGCAUGGCUUAUCCUCAGGGCUACUUGUACCAGCCGUCCGCGUCCCUAGCCCUGUACUCUUGCCCUGCAUAUAGCACCAGUGUCAUAUCGGGACCCAGGACCGAGGAACUCGGGAGAUCCUCGUCUGGAUCUGCUUUUGCACCUUAUGCCGGAUCUACCGCGUUCACCAGCGCGUCACCGGGGUACAAUUCCCAUUUGCCGUACAAUGCAGACGCAGCUGCCGCCGCCACAUUCACCUCGUAUGUGAGUUCCCCGUACGACCACACUACGGGCAUGGCCGGUUCCAUAGGAUACCACCCAUACGCCGCGCCAUUGGGCACGUACCCAUACGGCGACCCAGCCUACCGAAAGAACGCUACACGGGACGCCACAGCCACGCUCAAGGCCUGGCUUAAUGAGCACCGAAAGAACCCGUACCCCACUAAAGGAGAGAAGAUCAUGCUGGCCAUCAUCACAAAGAUGACCCUCACACAAGUGUCCACCUGGUUCGCCAACGCCAGGAGGAGACUCAAGAAGGAGAACAAGAUGACGUGGACGCCACGGAACCGCAGUGAGGACGAGGAGGAGGACGAGAAUAUUGAUCUGGAGAAAAACGACGAUGAUGAGCCUACUAAACCUUUAGACAAGGGGGACUCCACAGACACAGAAGCAGAUCACAAACUCCUAAACCCCGGAGACUUAGGCUGUGACCGGUUUAAAGAAGAGACACUGGGCAAAGACACGGACCCUCUCCUCAGCGACUCGGAACUAAAAGACCCGGAAGAGCGGACUAGUUCAGCGGAGCUGCAGCCAGACUCUGCCAAACCCACCACUUCGUCUCCAUCUGCCGUUUCCAGAGCGAGCCUCGCGCUUCAAGACAAACCCUCAGACCUUAGCCACGCGCCUAGUUCAGUCACAAGUAACGUCACUUCUGUCAUCCACUCGCCUCCCUCAGCCCCUAAGCCUAAACUUUGGUCUCUAGCGGAGAUCGCCACGUCCUCAGACAGGUGUAGCAAAAGUGGAAGCAGCGACGGUUCACCUGCUCAGAGUUCUGUGAUGGGCUCCAGCGCGUCCCCGUCUCGGUCUAGUCCCCAGUGCGCACUCCCGAACAGCACGGUCCUGUCAAGGCCUCUGUACUACACGACCCCCUUCUACCCCGGCUACACGAACUAUGGGGGCACUUUCGGACACUUGCACAGUAACCACAGCUCCGUGGGCACUGGCUCCACGCCGCAUUUCAAUGGAAUAAAUCAGACUGUGUUAAAUAGAGCCGAGGCGCUUGUAAGAGAGAGCCACAAAGUCAGAGGCCAAACACAGGUAGAUCUUUGUAAAGACUCCCCUUAUGAACUAAAGAAAGGUAUGUCAAAUAUUUAAUACCUGCUAUUUUACAGCCGCUAAGGACUUUUUAUUUAUUGCCAAUGUGGUUGCAUUAAGAGAGAACAACAAAGCCAAUUCACAGAACAAUUAUUUUCUGGAGUUAAAAGCUUAUUCUGAAAAAUCCUCAGUUUCUGAAUGGCUAAUCCUACAAAAACAAAGUAACAAAGAACGGUCUUAAUCGCUGCAGCAGCCCUGGAGUCUAUUUGUAUUAAAGACUAACAUGUAUAUUUAAUGUAGCAUUUUUGUAUUUAAAAUGAACACACUAUCUUUGAAGUAAA